UUCUAAUUAUCAAGUGAGAAACGGUUAAAGUUGACGACCGAUGAUGAUUCAUUAAUUCUUGUCCCAUAUAUCGUCUUACAUGAAGAGAAAGAGAGUGGAGAUAGUGAGCCAAGGAUGACCUGCCUCCGCUGCCGGUUGCAUGCGCUAGCUAGCUCUUGUUGCCUGAUCAGCCGCCUGCCCUCCGCCAGGCAGCAGGUCACCUUGGCUCAUGUCUUCGCUCUCUCUUCUUGCAUGUCAGAUUAAUUAGGCUGAUUAUUGUCGGAAUCACCGGGCGGAUCUGAUCUACAAGACUACAACAUUACCGGCUGUUUUCACUUUUCAUUUAAUUUUUUUUUCUGCUUAAAAUGUGAGAAUUACUAUUUCAUAGUUCUAUUCUUCAUCGUUAAUUACUAGGAACUCUAUUUUUGUUUUAUUUUUUUAUCUUAGUUGUUUUUUGGUAUUAAUCUCUCGGUAUUCAGUAAUCACGUUAAAUUCCGAUUAAUUCGGAAUUGAGUCCCGUUGAAUUCUAUUAAAAGGAAACUCUCUCAGCAUCUGUUUCUCUAUUUACAAGAUUCGAAUUUGAAACUUUGUUUAAGAAAAAACAAAUUCCUUUCAUUCAGACCAACAGAUCGUUGAUUUUUUCUUAUCUUAGUUAUUGUACCUUGUAUGCUCCCUCCCUUUUAUGU